AUGUUGGCUGCAACGAUCACAGCAGCGCUGAUCUUUUUUAUGGUGCAAAGAUCUGGAGCCUUGGCCCUUGGAACAGCUUGCUGGGAUGAACGCCUAUCACGAGCGGGGAGGAACAGCAGCUGUGUGGCUUCGCAGCCUUUCCUGAUAUUCGGUCAUGGCAAAGCCGUUCAUCGGAUGAACCUGGAGGGGAAACACCGGAGGAGACUUUUGGCCGGUGUGGGGAGAUCGAUCCUUUUCGACUUUCAUUACAGAGACGAAGAUGUCUACUGGGCUGACAAACACACUGGGGUCAUAUACAAGGCAUCAGUGAGAGGAGCACAUAGACAGAAACUGCACUCGUCUGACAAGCACAUCUCGGGCCUGGCAGUGGACUGGAUCUGGAACAGCGUUUACUGGACAAGUCGAGAAAAGGGAAAAAUCAAGAGAAUGGAUUUAAAUGGGAAAAAUGAGAGAACUUUAUUACUACAUUUGAACCAACCAAGUUCCAUAGCUGUUGACCCCACAAACAGGUUUCUUUUUUGGCUGUCUGGUGGGAUGACUCCCAGUAUCCAAAGGUCUGACGAUAGGGGCCAGGGGAAAACUACACUUAUUAAGAUGGCAGAGCAACUAUACUCACUGACAAUUGACCGACAAGACAAGAGACUGUUCUGGGUUCAGUUUGGAUUCCAAGGAGAAAGCGCCAUUGCCUCCUGUGAUUACAACGGAAACGCCCUUCACAUCAUAGAUCAGCCACUUUGGUCUCGGGUGCUGGCGAUAUCAGUUUUUCUGGAGAACUUAUACUACACUGACGCUGAAUCUCGGAUUAUAAAACAAAUGAACAAGUACACUGGAGGAAAUGCACUGGAUGUGAACACAAAGCAAAUGACAAAACCCCCGAUUCAGAUCAAGGUGGUACAUCCCCUCAACCAGCCACUGGCCGACUCCCUAUCUUCAUUCCCAGGUUGUGACAAACAUACUGGAAACUGUAUGAAUGUAUGCUCCAACAUGGCUGAACAAGGGGUUUGCCACUGCACUGAGGGUUUUGCUCUCAGUAAGCAAGGGACUCAUUGUGAAGACGUGAAUGAAUGUGCCCACUGGAACCACGGCUGCUCUCUCGGCUGUGAGAACAUCCCAGGCUCCUAUUUCUGUACCUGCCCAAAAGGAUACGCCCUCCUACCAGACAGGAAGACAUGUGGAGAGAUCUUGCCGUGUGAAGGGAAUAUGACCAACUGUGGCCACGGCUGUCUGACAACAGAUGAGGGCAACGUGUGUGUGUGCCCUGAGGGAUCUAUACUGCAGGAUGAUGGACAAGCCUGUACUGGCUGCUCAUCUACGGACAUGGGGGGCUGCGACCAGCUCUGUACUCCUGUCAGCCCCAGUGCGUGGCAGUGUGGUUGUCUGCCAGGCUACCGGCUCCACCAGGACGGCAAGCGGUGCAUUGCAAGCGGACCACCACCGUAUCUGCUACUGGCCAAUUUUGUAGAUGUACUAAGAAUUAACCCUGACGGCACAGGGGAUCAAACCCUGGUGGAGGAGCCCAGAGGAACAAUUGUAGCUUUGGACUAUGACCCUGUCCAAAACAAUGUGUACUUCUCCAGUAUAAACCGAAAGACAAUCGAGCGGGUUGAUUUGAACGGUGGAUCCAGAGGCGUUGUCAUUUCUGAGGAUCUGAACUCUCCGGAGGGACUGGCCAUUGACUGGGUCCACCGCAGGAUGUACUGGACAGAUAAAAGUCGGUCAACUGUUGACUGCAGUAGCCUGGUUGGACUAAGCAGAGAAACUAUUGUGAGCAAAGGGCUGGAGAAACCAAGAGGAAUCGCAGUUCAUCCCCUGGAAAAGAAGUUGUUCUGGACUGAUAUCGGUGCCCAGCCUGUGGUGGAAAGCUCGUCUUUGGAAGGAAAAGAGCGAACCAUCAUUGCCAGCACCAGCCUUGUGUCCCCCAGUGGCCUGGCCAUCGAUUUCACAGAGGAUCGUCUGUUCUGGUGCGACCAACACCGGGGUCUGGUGGAGACGGCUGCCCUGGACGGCUCGGACCGACGGAUCCUGUUAGAGAACCAAGUAGGCCGACCUUUUGACCUGGCAGUUUUCGAGGACAGGCUCUGGAUCUCUGACCGGGAGCGCCGGCAGCUGACGAGCGUGCACAAGCGGACUGGGAAGAAGCUCCAGAGUAUUCAUGGCAACAUGGUCCAGCCAUCAGCCAUUGUGGUGGUUCAUCCUCUCGCAAAGCCAGGAGCAGAUGUUUGCCUUCAUCUGAACGGAGGCUGUGCUCAGGUGUGUGAAAGCAAACUGGGACUGGCUCACUGCUCCUGUCUCUCACGUUACAUCCUAUCAGCUGACGGGAGAAGCUGCUCGUCUGCUGACGCCUCUAACGGAACAGCAGAAUCUGGAGAGAGUGACCCCACUGAUGUAACGUCCCUGAAACGCAGUGAACAAACGCUCUUCACCGACAAGAUGGUCUCAGGUAACAUCUUUAAAUCAAUUUGUCCCCUCGUGUGCCCUCCUCUGUCAGACCAGAAUGAAUGCGACUCACUGCGUUGUGACGUGAACGCCCAGUGCCUCCUUCGGGCCAGAAGCCCAACCUGUCUGUGUCUGGAGGGUUUCACCGGUGAUGGACAGGUGUGUGAGGAGCCGGAGGCGGCAUCGACGUGGGUGACGACCGGGAGCCCUGCUGACGUCACCACCCUGCACCACAUCAGUAACUCAGUGGAGAGCUGCCCCCCCUCCCAUGAGUCCUACUGCCUGUACCAGGGGGUCUGCUUCUACUUUCCUGAGUUGAAGUCAUAUGCCUGCAAUUGUCCUUUGGGCUACAUGGGUGAGCGCUGUCAGUUCAGUGAUCUGGAGUGGUGGGAGCUGCAGCAGGCCGAGGAGGAGAAGAGGAGGAACGUGGUGAUUGCAGCCUCCAUGGUGCUCCUCAUCUCCCUGCUCUCCAUCGCUGCUUGUGUCACCUACUGCUACGGAACCAGAAAGUUCUUCCGCAAACAGCCGUCAGUGGAUAACGUGAGUGAGACGAGUGUGACAGAUGAGAGCACGUCAGAAAGCAGCCCUGUGCCUCGGUUCUACUUGCUGAUGGAAAAUGGUUCAGAAGGAAGAGUCGUCCCUGCCAUGGGCUGUCCCAGGAGAGCCAUCUGUCCGUCCUGCUCUUCAGACACAGGUGACAACCCCGUGUCUGAGGAGUCAGAGACAUUGUCCAAACACAACAGAGGGUACGAGUGCUCCAUGGUGUCGGCUGCUGCCAUGGAGAUCACCCAACCCACAGGUCCAUCACCAGCAACUUCAUAUUCAUGUUCAUCUCUGGUCUCCAAGACAACAAGCCUGGAGUCCCCCGCAUCCUAG